CCCCCCCCCUCCUCAUAAAAGAUAACAUUUUUUUUUUCCCCCUUCUCUUCUCGUUCCUCCUUUUCGUGCUACAAUUCCAUCAACCAAAUAACUCCCCACCUCAUCAUCCUUUUUUUAUACUCACACCCUUAUUAUAUAUCUAUCAAUACCUCCAACCUCAAAGCCUCCAUCCUUCUUUUAUUGAUAAAUGAGAUGAGAAUAUAGUUCUUUGUAUGGUUUCCUUCUCCUCCUCCUCCUCCUCCUCUUGUUGUCAUCCUAAGAAGAAGGAACGGCCAUCAUGAGACCCGGACCGGCGCCCUUGAGACCGGUUCAGGCGGGCACCACGAACCGGCCACGGCGGCGGCCCGACUUGACCCUCCCCCUCCCUCAGCGCGACCCCUCCCUCGCCGUCCCCCUCCCCCUGCCGCCUCCUUCAUCCUCCUCCGCCUCCGCCUCCGCCACCCCGCCCACCGCCUCCUCCCAGACCCCGGCACUCUCCGACCUCGAGCGCCUCCGCCGCGUCGGCAGCGGCACCGGCGGCACCGUCUGGAUGGUCCGCCACCGCCCCACCGGUAGGAUCUACGCCCUCAAGGUCAUCUACGGCAACCAUGAGGACGCCGUCCGCCGCCAGAUCUGCCGUGAGAUCGAGAUCCUUCGCACCGCCGACAACCCCUUUGUCGUCCGCUGCCACGGCAUGUACGACCACGCCGGCGAGAUCCAGAUCCUCCUCGAGUACAUGGACGGCGGCUCCCUCGACGGCCACCGCGUCUCCUCCGAGCGCUUCCUUGCCGACGUCGCCCGGCAGGUGCUCACCGGAUUGGCCUACCUCCACCGCCAGCACAUCGUCCACCGUGAUAUCAAACCCUCCAACCUCCUCAUCAACACCGCCCGCCAGGUCAAGAUCGCCGAUUUCGGCGUCAGCCGGAUCCUCGCCCAGACCAUGGACCCCUGCAACUCCUCCGUGGGGACCAUCGCCUACAUGAGCCCCGAGCGCAUCAACACCGACCUCAACCACGGCAUCUACAACGCCUACGCCGGCGACAUCUGGAGCUUCGGCCUCAGCAUCCUCGAGUUCUACCUCGGCCGCUUCCCCUUCGGCGAGAAGCUCGGCCGCCAGGGGGACUGGGCCUCUCUCAUGUGCGCCAUCUGCUACUCCAACCCCCCGGAGGCGCCGACCACCGCCUCGCCGGAGUUCCGGAGCUUCAUCGCCUGCUGCCUCCAGAAGGAUCCCGCCAGGCGGCUCAACGCCCUCCAGCUCCUCCAGCACCCCUUCAUCACCCAGUCCCUCCAUCACUCCUCUUCUUCCUCAUCCUCGUCUCACCCGUGAUAAAGAUGUUCUAGCUUUCAAUUUUUCAAAAAGAAAAAAUUUUAGUUCCCAACCGAGUUCUAUCGUCUAUCAAAAAAAGAAAAAAAAAAGAGAGAGAGAUGGGUGGUGAUGCAAAAGGUGUGUUCUUUCCCCUCUCUUUAAUCGAAAGUUAGCUUUUUUAUUUAUUUUUUCUUUCGAUUUUAGUCAGAGUAUAUGGAAGUUCCAAUCUUUUUACCUUUCCCUUUUUUUUGGAUGGUGGUGGAGAUGAUGAGCUCUAAUGGUGGCGGUGGUGGAAGAGGGGGAGAUGGACUGUAGCUUUUGUUGUAUUCUGUACUCGGUGGAGCGAUUACAUUUGAUGCAUGUACUAUAACCAUCAACUAUGGUGAUGGCAAACCAAAAUGAAAUGGGAAUCAAUCCCCUUCUUUCUUGUCU